UUUCUGGAUCAAUCAAAUUGGCAGCGGAGACCAGAUGAAGAGGAAUCCCCGGACGAUAGUUACAUCACUGCCCGGAAAAUUUAUGACAAUUUUGUGACGCUGACUAAACUCAUCCCAGCAGUCCGCUUAUCGACGUUCUCCACGAGCGUGCCUCGCGGAUCGUUGUGUGCGCUCGCGUUCGUUUCAGGCGUCAGGAUGACCAUCAAUUGGCCCCUAGCGGGCGCAACAAUCCUCCCGAACGUCGGCGGCUGGAUAGGCCAGAUCAUCGCCGAGAAAAAUCUCAAACCCUGGUACGAGUCGCUAAAAAAGCCAGCCUGGACGCCGCCGAACUGGUUGUUUGGACCUGUGUGGACUGCUGCCUACUUUUCGAUAGGCUACUCGUCGUACGUCGUUUGGCGAGACGGGGGUGGUUUCGCGGGGGCGGCCGUACCGUUCAGCAUCUACGGCGUUAAUCUCGCCCUUAAUUGGCUGUGGACACCGAUAUUCUUCGGGGCUCACAAGAUCAAUUGGGCUCUCUACGACAUUGCGGCGCUAUGGAUCAGCACGAUACCGGUCGGAGUCACGUUCUACCAGGUCAACCCUAUCGCCGGCUACUUCGUCAUCCCGUACUUCGCGUGGACCACUUUCGCCGCGGUCCUCAACUACGUUAUUUAUCGAGAUAACAAACAGAUACCGGACGCCACGAAAGACGUGGAAGAGAAUAAAUAAAGACGUUUACCUAGCAAAACGCACAGAUAAAAAAAAAGAGAGAGAGAGAAAGAUAGAGAGAACGAUACUCCGUGAAACGUUUGCUUACAAAGUCAGCUUUUCGUGUUGGAAGAUAUACAUAAGGGCUUAAUGCUACCGAUGAGCUUAUCAAGUUGAACAUUGAAUCAGCGAUUUGGUACCAACGAUACGAUAAUACGGGUCAAAAUCAAGCAUCUGCGUCUGUCGAAAGAAAAUAUUAAGAAAGCCGAAAUCGUUGUUCCUAAAAUACUCGAAUUUAUUACUUUUUUUUAUUUGGCUUAAUUACUUACGUAAUAUAUCCAGUAAUUUAUAAUUGAAUCUGAUACUUUGGAUGAGAUCACUUCCAAAACGAUGACACGCGCAAACACCGAUUUCGCCCACUGUAUAUACAUACGACGAAGUUUGACACGGAAAUUUUUCAGUUUGGGAUAAGUCAAACUUAUCGACCUGCCGUUCUUUUCUCUCUCUCUCGAUCUUCUAGUCUUCUUAAAAAGAAAGAGAAGAGAAAAUCGAUCGAGCGUCUACGUCUUCUCAUGAGCCAUGUUUCUUUUGUACAAUUGUCGUUGUUGACCACCGCGGUCAAACCGUGGGAACUCGACGAACCUCUUUACGUGCCUUUACAUUGAACGCACAAUGCUGUCAGUAUACACGUUUAUUGAUUGAUAUACGAAAUAAAAUUAGUUAACCGA